AUGACACCUUCUUUCUCGAUUGUUCUCAAUGGGGGUAUUCAUGGCUUCUUUGCAGGGGCUCGAAGGCUGAGACAAGGUGAUCCUAUUUCUUCUUAUCUCUUUGUUUUGGUUAUGGAGGUGCUAGGACUUAUAUUUCAGCAAAGAAUAGAGCAAGAUGGCGGAUUCCUCUAUCACUGGAGGUGCGGUGAGAUUGGGUCAUUCCAACUCUCCUUUGCUAACGAUUUGCUCAUUUUUUUCCGAGCUGAUGAGGGAUCCCUCCGGUUGUUCAAAGAGAGUUUGGAUAUGUUUGCUUCAUUGUCCAGGCUUUAUACUAAUGCUGCAAAGAGUCAUAUUAUCUUUUCACGCUCUAUAUAUCCAAAUCGAGAUAUACUUCUUGGCAUGCUUGGUUUUCAAGAUGGGAUACUUCCCGUCACUUAUCUAGAUUUGCCACUCACUUCAUCUAGGCUUACAAUCACUGAUUGUAAACUAUUGUUACUGAAGAUAGAUAAGUGCUUACAAGGAUGGGAUGCAUUCCAGCUCUCCUUUGCAGCAAGGAUUCAACUGAUAAAAUUGAUUUCCAUGAACCUUUAG